ACGUCGCCGCAGAAUGUGGGUGCGUCAACCUGUGUUGCGCAGGCAGGAGAUGGGCGAGUUUCGAGCUUUGAUGGCCCAGGAGCGUGAAAAUGGAAGUGCUUUUCAUAACGCAUAUCGCAUGUCACCGGAGGCCUUCGAUGAGUUGACUGUACAGCUGGAGCCUGCCCUGCGACGUCAGGACACCAACUUUCGAUUGGCCAUCACCCCAGCGGAGAAGCUAGCCCUUACCAUAAGGUACCUAGCUUCUGGCAUGUCCCAGAAAGAUGUAGCUCGCUACUUCAGGCUGGGUCGAGCUACAGUGUCCAAGGCUAUACCAGAAGUCUGCCAGGCCAUCUGGAACAUCAUUGGGCCCAUCGAGCUGCCUCCUCUGACUGAAGAAAGCUGGCUGGAAGAUGCUGCCGAGUUCGAACGGAGGUGGAACUUCCCUCAUUGUCUAGGAGCCAUUGACGGCAAGCACAUCGCCAUUCAGAAGCCGGGCCUGUCGGGCUCAGCCUUCUACAACUAUAAGGGAGGUUGCAGCGUGCUGCUGAUGGCGGUGGCCGACGCCGACUACCGCUUCAAGUAUGUCCACGUCGGCGCCUUCGGCAGGGAGCACGAUAGCACCGUGUUCAACCGUUGCGGCUUCGGCCAAAGGCUGGCUAGGAGGACGGCGUGUCGAACGACCGCCGAUAUAUCGAGGUCAACGACGUGGACCACGAUGACCGCGAUGGGAACGUGGUGCCUGGACCUUGGCGAGCGCACGGUGAGGCCAUGGGCCUGAGAGACGCGGGCCGUCUGGCCGCCAACACCUACACGCGCGCUGCUGCCAGUGCCCGCGACAAGUUCGC